GUCGGAUAGAAAGUCAGCCUGGUUUCCAGCUGAGUGCUUGCUCUCUCACAGUGUGUGUGUAUAUGUGUGUGUGUGUGUGCGCGCGCGCGCGCGUGUGUGUGUUGUCAUUAUUAUCCACUCUGCUCCCAGCUCAGAAUGGCCAGAUUCACUCAGACUGAAACAAGAAGGCAGCACCAUCCACAGCAGCCCCAGCCCGCUCACUCCAGCUUGGUUUUCACCGGACCGGGGGCACCGCCGACCCAGCCGCCACUACUACUUAUCCCACAUCAGCACCAGUACCCUCAGAUCACAUUUCCGAAACCCAUGAACGGGUCAGAACCCAUUUCAAUUCAUCCGGAGAACGGCAACAUGAAAGACCAAGAUGCCAUUAAGCUGUUUAUCGGGCAGAUACCGCGGAACUUGGAAGAAAAAGACCUGAAGCCCUUGUUUGAACAGUUUGGGAAAAUCCACGAACUGACAGUUCUCAAGGACCGAUACACCGGCAUGCACAAAGGUUGUGCAUUCCUCACCUACUGCGCCCGGGAGUCGGCCAUCAAAGCCCAGAAUGCCCUGCACGAACAGAAAACACUGCCAGGGAUGACGCGCCCCAUCCAGGUGAAACCAGCUGACAGCGAGAGCCGUGGAGAAGACAGGAAGUUGUUUGUGGGGAUGCUGAACAAACAACAGACUGAGGAGGAUGUUUAUCGCCUAUUCGAACCCUAUGGAGUCAUUGAAGAGUGCACAGUCCUGAGAGGCCCUGAUGGAAACAGCAAAGGCUGCGCCUUCGUCAAGUUCUCCACGCACACCGAGGCCCAGUCUGCAAUCAGUGCCCUCCAUGGCAGCCAGACCAUGCCAGGCGCUUCCUCCAGCUUGGUGGUCAAGUUUGCCGACACGGACAAGGAGCGCACCAUCAGACGUAUGCAGCAGAUGGUCGGGCAGUUCGGCAUCUUCAACCCGGCCAUCGCCCUUCCCUUCAGCACCUACAGCUCUUACGCGCAUGCGCUCAUGCAGCAGCAGGCAGCCAUCAUGGCAGCAAGCCACGGAGGUUACCUCACGCCUAGCGUGGCUUUCCCCGCCACGCAGAUCCACCAGAUGGGGGCACUCAACAUCAACAGCCUCCCACCCACCCCUAUGACCCCGGUGUCGGGUGAGUUUCAUCAAACCCUGGGCCUCAGCUCCCCGCCGGCCAACAUCACCACGUCCGCCGUCCCCAGCAUCGUCACGCCCAUCGUCAACGGCUUCACCGGCAUCCCCCAUCAGCCCAACGGACAUCCCGCCGUGGAGACGGUGUACACCAACGGCCUGCCCCCCUACUCCACCCAGAGCCCCACCGCCGCUGACACCCUUCAGCAAGCCUUCACCGGAGUACAGCAAUACACAGCAAUCUACCCCACCACCACGCUGACUCCCAUUGGCCAGACACUGCCCCAACCUCCCCAGGUCAUCCAGCAGCAGCAGCAACGAGAAGGUGAGGGUCCCGAGGGCUGCAACCUGUUCAUCUACCACCUGCCACAGGAGUUUGGAGACAACGAGCUGAUGCAGAUGUUCCUGCCGUUCGGUACCGUCAUCUCCUCCAAGGUGUUCAUGGACCGGGCAACCAACCAGAGCAAGUGCUUUGGUUUUGUGAGCUUUGACAACCCUGCUAGUGCACAGGCAGCUAUACAAGCCAUGAACGGCUUUCAGAUUGGGAUGAAGAGGUUGAAAGUUCAGCUAAAGAGACCGAAGGAUGCCAGCCGCCCUUACUGACACAGCCUACCUUCAGUAUUCAUCGCAGCAGCACAGGUUUUAGAGGACACGUAAAGAUAUCUUGGAGGAUUUAAACUUUUUUUUUCCUUUGACAGCAAAAUAUGUUUUUAAAAAAAAUCAACACAUAAGGAAGUUUUGAAGACAUAUCAGCAUUUACUUGUGAAGAUGUACGGUAGGUUACGGCCGAAAUGAUGAGGAGGCGAGGGAAGGAGGAGGGGGCGCGUCACCGGGGGACUGAGCAGCAACAGAUGGCACAGUGCAAGAAGAAGACGAGCAGAAAAAACACUGAAAAAAAAGAAAAAGAUGUGACGAGACUGAACAACAGAACUCUUUUUUCUUGUUGAGACUUGAAUUGUUAAUUAAGCAACAAACUAACAAACAAAAAAGCAGCAACAACAAAUAGAUUUCUAUAUACAUAUUAUAUACACAUAUAUAUAAGGGACGAGGCGCUUGUGGCUUUUACUGUACUGGACAAAUGAGGGUUAAAACUUGAAGAUCAAGAAAAACAGUGGAAAAAAGAAGCUGUUCUAUACGUCCACUGACAGACUUUCUUUCUCUUUCCCCUCUUUCUCUUACUCUCUGACCGUCUCUCUCAGCAAGCGCAGAACUAUGACUCUUGGAGGUCACUGAGGUUUCCACUAGCAACAGUAGAACUGCAAAUCUUUCACCCUACGGGACCAAAGGACCAAACAUUUUUAUUGCUCUGAACAGUAAUAUAUAUAGUAUUGAUGAUACUAAUACAACAAACUACUACUAAUAAUAUUACAAGUUAAACUUAAGAAGAAAUACUAGCUUCAGGUUGAAAAAAAAGAGGAAAUGGGGUUUGCUUUCUUUUCCUUUUACAUUUAUAGCUACUGGGUUUGAGAAUAUUAAAAUAGAAAAAAAAAUGUCUUAAAAAAAAAGUAAAGUUAUCCUAUGUUAGUGGUGUAGAGUAUGUGGGUUGGACGACGUUUUGGGCAUGUUCAGAUGUGCUUCUUUCGCACCUCAUUGCUUCAUCUGCAUCCACAGCAUUUCAUCUCCAAGGUGUGACCUGUGUGUGUUCUUGUGUCGGAGGACGGGAGUCGUCCCGUAGUGCCAAAAGUGACGUGUGUGUGUGUGUGUGUGUGUGUGUGUGUGUGUGCGUGCGUGUGCGUGUGCGUGCGCGUGCGCGUGCGCGUGCGUGCGCGUGCGCGUGUGCGUGUGCGUGUGUGUGUGUGUGUGUGUGUGUGUGUGUGCGUGCGCGUGCGCGUGCGUGCGUUCGUGCGUGCGUGCGCGCGCGCGCGUGCGUGUGCGUGCGUGCGUGCGUGCGUGCGUGCGUGCGUGCGUGCGUGCGUGCGUGCGUGCGUGCGUGCGUGUGUGUGUUCAGCCGUGGGGUGCCAUCUUCUGCUGUGGGCACGUUGCACUUACCCAACCGGAGCAAGGGUUCCGUCCAUGCCAUCGUUGCAGAUAAUCUGACCAUAAACCACUGUGGUAAAAGUGCCAUCCGACCGGCGAAACAGCACAGCGAACCAUUACUGCUUAAUAAAAAAUAUACAAAUGAGCCCGACAGCAGUUGUAAAAAUACCCACCGGCGUGGUGUCACGGCGGUCCCUGUCGGGUCGUGCCCUCUCCCGCUUUCAUGCCCCUCCAGCUGCUCUCAGCAGGUGAGAGGAGACCCCCCCACGACCACCGCCGCCACCAAACCCCCCCCCCCCCCCCCUUCUUUUCACCUCCAAGUACCAGCAUAUCACUCUACUAAUAGGGACCAUCAGUUCACCAGGGGCCCGAGAGCUAACCCACAGCAUAAUUAGAAUAAUGAUAAUAUUGAUCAGAUGGGGAGAAGCACCGCAGGGCAAGAGAUGCACAAUCAAUUCCACACUGGCAUUUUGAAUGAAUUUACUGAGUGACUGAGUUUAUUCUUCUCUCAGUGGCUGGAUGGGAGCCCUCCCCUUUUACUACUGUAGUCUUAGUGAUGAGCAGGUGUGUGCGCGUGUGGGUGUUUUUUCUUUUCAAAGGGUGUAAUAGCACAGUAUGAGCGUGUGCGUGGGGAGCAGCCUGGCAUUACCAGCCUUAGGAGGUCAAAUUAAGAGCAAAAUGAUCCAUCAAUUAGACAGCGGCAGGCCUGGAAGCGUAGCUGCUACAGCUGCUGCCGCUUCGACGCGACGACAGCUCGCCGUUAGCGGCGGUCGCACGUGGGUCCCGAACGGAGCGGCCGCGACGCGCUGCGCGUCACGCGCAAUUGGCCAACAGCGCGGACGCUUGUGCGAAGAUACGCGGGGACGACGGGGAUGGAACGUGUUUUCUUCACGACUCGUUUGCAUCGGCGGAGUCACCUUUCAUUUGCGUGGAACAUCUGCCCAGCUGUGCUUUUUAUUGGUUUGAAGCGUUUGCCAGCGCGUUGUUCGUGCGCUCGCUCUGCUCUCUGGAGCCACGUGCCCCUCAGGACUCCGAGACCUCAGUGCUCUAAACAUUAGACACGUCACUGCCUCAGUCGUCCAGUCUCCAACCGCACCCACGCGCCUACUAUGACAUUUGAUGUGUUUGUGCGAUCACUAGUUCACAGGAGCAGUAUCAUCAGAAAGGAGGGUUUAUUUAUUACUAGACCCCUGACAUAUAUAAGGAAACCUCUGAAAAGAAAGUAAUUACAAAUGCCUUUCUAAUCAAUCAGUUGCCAAAUUAUGCAAUCAUAUCCACUGUCUCGUGCCAGAUUCUUUUUCAUUUAUUAAUUCUAAUAAUAUAAAUGUGUUACUUGUCAUGAAACAUUCAUUAGCAGAAUGAAAUACUUGAUUUUAGGAGCAGGUGUAGAUAAAGGUGUAGGACAA